AUGGUCUCUAAGCCCUGGGCGAGUCCUGAACAGCUCGAAUGGUUCUCCACGAAGCGGUCGGCUUUUCUGGCGGCGCAGAAGGCUGGCAAGGUUAACGAAUUCUUCACGGAGGCGGAAAGCGAGUUUUUUGCAGAGUGGCCAGAGAUUUCGAGGCUGUUCGGCCCUGAUGCCACGGUCGAAGGUUUGAGCGAGGAGGAGCUGAACGAGUAUGGGGCUGCGUUGCGGAGGCGCAAGGGCCAAAUCCACUCGAAGUUCUACAAUGACCAGUCCAAGACCCGUCACGAGAAACCCAAGGCUCUCUCUGUCCAAGGUCUACUCUCCACUGGCGGCCACGGCUCAUCUACACGCGCACCUCAAGAGGUAGAAGUAUACUCGAAGUUGUUUUACAAGGACAGGAUCAAGGACACCGUCGACGCUCAGAAGAAGGACGUCCCGCGUAGCAAGAACAUCGCUGUGGUCCGUCGGGAGACCCAAGUCGCAUACGACAACGAGUCGGAAGAAGUAAAGAGGGAGGUCCGUGCCCGGGUCGACGCCCUCAAGGCCUCGGCGUCAGCCCAGGUAGCAGAGAGGUCUUUGACGACGACCCGGACUCCUGCUGACUACCAGAAGUGCGUCACACUCACCAUGUCGCAAUCGUAUAUUGACUGGUUCGCUAGGGCUAUUGACUCGGUGCCUCAGUUCCUCGAAAGGCUGUUCGCAUAUCUCGCGGAGGAAACUGGUUGGGCGUAUUCCGUUAUGGGCGGCGGGCCAUGCCCUGACGAAGGGGGUGCUCUGCAAACCAUAUCGUACGUGAUACACGUCUGUUAUCAUUGGUGCAACCUUUCUCAUCUGUCCGCGACAGCUAUCACAUUGGCACUACACCGGCAGGCCACAACUUCAAGCACUCGUACAUGA